CGACUCGAGAAAAAACCUGUAGACUAGACCGACCAGACAGACUGUCUAGACAUGGCAUCGAGGCUCACUUGGAAGAGCCAUGUGGACAAUACUGUCCAGUUCGUGCUAUGGGCUAGCUUCGGCUCAGCAGCCAUCCACCUCAUCAACAUCAAGCAAGCCUAUGCAGAAAAAGAGCGCAAGCUGGACACAAAGAUUGGCAUCCUACGCAAUGUGAUUGACCGAAUUGGCAAGGGAGAGCAGGUGGAUGUAGGGAGGGAGCUCAAGGUCGGCAAGACGGAGGAGGAGCGAGAAUGGGAAGAGAUGAUGGGUGCCUUUAGAGACGAUGCAGACAAGACGCUUCAACGGCCUGCUACAGAUGCGCCUGCUGUGCAGGAUGCUAAUCUUGAUGCAAAGAGUUCACAGCCUGAUCCAGCUUGCCAGCCUGUUCAAGCGCAGCGAGGACGCUUCUGGGCCUCCUGAACAAACAAGGUCUAGGAGUCUUUUGCUAAUUAAAAGAUCCAGCAAAGCCAAAGC